AUGGUGUCCGUAUAUGGUUGUGGAGAAUGUCCCAAAGGUGUUCACAAAAUAGGUUAUUUAGUAGAUUACCGUGAUGAUAAAGACAACCUUGAACAACGCAAGAUAGCAGACUUUAAUAAAAUGCAGUGUGCUCACUGCAAUCAUGGUCCUGCUUGCAAUUCUUUUACAUUUUUGGAAGAGCGAUUGUUCUGCUUGGAGAAGGCUGCUAGAAAAUGGACACCAGAAAAGGGAGUGAAAUGGUGUGCGAUUGGAGAAUGCUUUGUUGGUGUUGAUAGCAGUGAAAUGGCAAUAGUACAGGGCUGUGGUAGAUGCUCUGAUCAACCAAAUUUGAACAAAUGCGAAAAUUGCAAGCAAAGAUACUGUAACGACAAAAGAAGGCUUAAAACUAUAAGAUGCCACCAUCUUAGUCCAAAUUUACAUCCAUAUUUGAAACGAGUGAAGACUUGCCAUCCAGUCAUAUCAAGUUGUUACAUUGCUAGAGAUAUAUUUGGAAGGGGUGAUAGUUUUAUUUAA